AUGACCGUAGUCUCAAACGAUCCAAGUUGGUGGCCGUAUAUCAGUGUGCAAAUUUUUAACAGCUAUUGGAUGGUUGCCGCCUGCGUCGUGGUGGUAUAUGAUUGGGUCUUAACACUCGGACAAGAGAUUGAACUGAUCUGGAUACGUUAUAUUGGAAUAUCAUUUUCUGUUGCCAAUGUUCUGGUAAAUAUGCCAUCAGUCUCGCUGACAGAUGUAGGGUGCAAUAUUGCGUAUUACGCGGUAAAUGGGACAAAUGUGGUCGUAAAUGCCAUGUUGGGCGUCAUCAUGACUGUUCGCUUACAUGCCAUGUAUCAGGGAUCUAGAAUGAUGCUCAUCUUCCUUGUUAUUAUAUUUCUGGUUGUUAACAUCGCCUGCGGCGUAAUCUCGGCAAUAGCACUCAAAACAGACCUCAUUGGACAAACACCAGAGGAGUUCAUACUGUCUGGCACGUAUAUGUGCGGUUUUGAAUAUGAAGGGGACGAGCAGCUUCUUAUUUCAAUGCUUUGGAUGCUCAACACUAUUUGGGAGGCCCUCGCACUGUGUCUUUCGGUCUGGGUUGCUGUGAAACACUUCCGUGACCUGCGACGACUCGGCCCAUCGACACGAUCGGCCAUUGGGGAGUGUUUGAGAGUGCUGAUACAAUCUCACGUUCUUUAUUUUGCCAGCUUUGCUGGUGUCUCUUGCCUCCAGCUUAUGUUUCUGUCUUCCGAAAUCUUGAAUUCGAAUUCUAUUGAAGUUCAGGUGGCCUAUGGUGUUUUUCAAAUUUUAUUGUUCGUGCAGAUGUUUGUGCUGGGACCACGCCUCAUCCUUAGCGUCCGAGAAAAUCACGCCAAACUGGUGGCAGGCUUCGAUGCAGAAGCUAGCAUGAAUUCGAUUGUCUUCCAGGAGCGUGUACAUGUAUUAACUAACAGUGUACUGUAG